AGUCGCGGGCUCGAACCGUGAAAGCGCGAAAGGAAUACGCGCGCACCAGACGCAAACCUCGAGACGACGAAACUAGUUUUCAAUCGCGAUGUUCUUUCACCGAAGUUUGAUCGGGGAUCAAAAGGCGCAUUUAUAACGCGAAUUUAUCGACCAAUGUUACGCGGCACGUGGAUUUUAUAAUACGCGCGGUGGGACUCUGCCGCAUCGAGAGGAGGAGAGGAAGGUGACUUUAACGGCGAUUUUGUUAGAGCAAUAUUCCUCAUCAUGCGUUAUUGAAGUCAGAGGAAUAAUAAAAAGUUUUACCGCGUGACACGCGUCGAAGGAGCAUCCUCGAGAGUUUGCAUCCUUCCGCUGCAGGAUAUCCGCAUACCUUUUCACGCUGGCUCCGCUGUGCUGGAAAAUCGAGCGCGCACAACAUUGUUCGCGCAAAUAAAGAAACCGACAUCCAAAGUCAGCGGGAACGAAUACAAUGGCGCGCAUCUCGACAGACCAAACGAGGCGACACACGCCACGACUAAAGCGCGCAGUUGCGAUCUUGUGGCGUGCGAGCGAGACGGGGAAUCCGUAGUGAGUGCGCGAAAGAAAGAACGCGAGAUAGGGACGGAGAUAGGAAGUCGCGAUGUGGGAGAGUUGCGAUGAACUUGACGUGGAACACUUGACUUCAACGUCGGUUGCGAAGAUUGAUUCGUAUAAAUACGAAAUGUCUGAACCGGUGGAGCAGGGAAAGGAUCUCUGUAUUCAUACGGCUGUUGUACUUCGUGGAGCAAAUACACGAGAAGAUGUUCAUAGUUCAGGCACACUUAACAUUGUGGAAUAUAGUUUUGGUAAAUGUAUAGAAUGGAAACCUGUUGAAGAUUCUGUAGUAUCAGAAUAUCAAGAUCAGGAUCCAGAAUGGUCUUUAGUGGAUACACAUACUAGAAGAACCCGUACAUCUUCAGAGGGUGCAGACUCUUUAGGACGUACAAGGAAUGUUAGAAUAUUAUUCUCUGAUCUAAAGUCGUUUCGUGUGAAUCAUAGUGGACAACAACUCAUUCUCAUGCAGAGGGAUGGUACUACCUACGUUGCCUUCUUUCAGCUAUCUAAUGCUGAAAGUUUUAUCAACUCGCUAAAAGGUUUCAUCAAAUUUGUAAAAUCACGCAUGGAUAGGAACUUGUAUCUUGUUAUGGACCAAGUUGAAUCUGUAUUAAAUAAAUCUUUUGCUGAGUUGGAUCUAUUUCAAGAAAACACUUCUGAUUAUGUGUGGAAGUUCGUAAAGAACCUGCAUAAUCGUCCGUACGAAACAACAAUGGAAGCAUUCAGCAAACUCGCAGAUAUCUGGUGUAAGUGGAUUCAUAACCAAGGAUUAAUACAUUUGUAUAAGGAACCAGUAAAACGACCUGUUGAGGAAGCAGUCGCCGACUUGUUAAAUCGUUCCCUCACAAUCGACUCUCAACCUCCUAUAUCUGUAUCUGUUGGAUCCGGAGAUGAAUACGAAGUGAUUGGUGUUGGAACAGAUUUACCUCCGCGACCACCAUGUCCACGUGGUGCACCAUUGACACUGGAGCAGUGGGAGAAGUCCAAAGACUCGGAAGGAAGAAUCACUAAUCCAGAGGCUGUCAAGGAAAUAAUUUUUCGUGGGGGUAUUUCUCCAUCAUUACGAUUUGAAGUGUGGAAAUUCUUAUUGAAUUAUUAUCCAUGGAACUCGACGAAUAAAGAAAGAGCAUAUCUACAAAAUGAAAAGACUGACGAAUAUUUUAGGAUGAAAUUACAGUGGCGUUCAUUUACACCAGAGCAAGAAAAUCGAUUUUCUGAUUACAAAGAACGAAAAAGUCUGAUAGAAAAAGAUGUUAACAGAACAGACAGAACACAUCCUUAUUAUGCUGGUGAUAAUAAUCCUCAUUUGGAACAAUUAACACAUAUACUCAUGACUUAUGUAAUGUACAAUUUUGAUUUAGGAUACGUUCAAGGUAUGAGCGAUCUCCUUAGUCCUAUCUUGUUUCUAAUGGAUAGUGAAGUCGAUGCAUUUUGGUGUUUUGUUGGAUUCAUGGAUAAACUGAGCUCCAACUUUGACAUAGAUCAAGCCGGAAUGAAAGCACAAUUGUGUCAAUUGUAUACCUUACUAUGUACCACAGAGCCACAAUUGGCUUAUUAUCUAAAUAGACAUGAUUCUGGAAAUAUGUUCUUUUGCUUUCGAUGGUUGUUGGUACUCUUCAAGAGAGAAUUUAAUGCGAUCGAUAUAAUGAAAUUAUGGGAAAUAUUGUGGACGGAUCUACCCUGCAAAAACUUUCACUUGCUCUUCUGCGCAGCCAUUUUGGAUACGGAGAAGAAUAUUUUAAUAGAAAACAAUUACGGAUUUACGGAAAUUUUGAAGCAUAUAAACGAUUUAUCACUUCACAUUGAGCUGCCUUGGACCCUCUCUAAAGCAGAAGGUAUUUAUUAUCAACUUAUGGGCGCAGCGGAUCAACUCCCUGAUAGCGUUCGUGCAAUUAUCGGACUGGAGCGGCUGCAUAAAACGUUAAUAAAUAAUAGCAUAAACGGUGGCGAAGCAUCUGGUAAUAAUUCUCAGUCUGGAACAAUUACUAACGGGUCAAGGAGAAAUAGUUCAACAAGUGGUAGUGUUAAAUUAGGAGAAAAUGAAGUGUCGUUUGAGCGUGGGUUAGAUUUGUCGUACAUGUGAGGUCAGGACUGGUCUUUUAUAGUGAUUCACUGACAGAAAAGUGAUUAAAAGUCCACUCGACUUGAGAAUCAAAUGUCCGUUGCAAUAUUUGUCUGAGAAGGUCUUAUACAUUACCACUUUGGAAAUAUUGUUGAUAUGACAAUAAUUUCCAUGCGGUUUUCAACGAAAUUCAGUUCGUUAAUCUUUCAUGGAGUAAAGACAUGUGCAAGCAGCAAGAAAAAGAAAAGGUAAAAAGCACGUUCCUACACACAGAUGUAUCGAUCAGAUUUGUUUUUAUUUAAAUAGUAAAUUAAGUACUUUCUUUCUUAUUUAAAUGUUGUCAUUGACUGUUGAGCCUGAAAUUCUAAAGCGUAAAUUAUGUGAACGUGACGUUUACCUCGUGUUUACGAAUAUAGUACGCAAAGUAACUAAUAGUAGUGUUGAAUUUUGAGAUAUUUAUAACAUGAGAGAAAGGGAUUAUGCAGAACGUGCGUACGUGCGAGAAACAAGGUAUUUCAGCGUAAGAAAGGAACUUUGUCACGACAUCUAAUGCGCGAUUUUCAGAUGCGAAAAACGGAACAGAGAUAUAAUAACAUCUCCAGACUUCGAUAAGUGUUAUAUAUAUAUAUAUAUAUAUAUGUAUGUAUGUAUAUAUAUAUAGAUAUAUAUAUACGCGUGAUUCUCAAUUAAGUUAGAGCCUCUUUUUUAGAUUUAUAUAAAGCCUCAUGACACGUCACUGUAUAUUUCUAAUAAAGAUCACGUAUUUAAUCUUUCA